CCUCCUGCUAUGGAUAACAUAUUGGAAAGAGCUGCUCGAGCAGGAAAUAUUAGUGAGUUGUAUACAUUAAUCGAGAGAGAUGGAAAUGUUUUGAAGCGCUUUGAUGAGGUGGAGUUUGUCAAUACUCCAUUACACAUUGCUGUAGACGAAGGGUGCAUUGAGUUUGCAAUGGAGAUUAUGAGUUUAAAGCCAUCCUUUGCCAGGAAGCUAAACCACCAAGGCUUGAGCCCUAUUCACCUUGCUGUCGAGAAAGGCAAUCAAGAGAUGGCGUUGCGUCUCAUAGAAACCGAUAAUGAUCUUGUUCGUGUUAGAGGGAAAAAUGGUGUGACUCCUUUGCAUUACAUUUGUGAAGUUGGAACCCACGAUGGUCUGUUAGAUACAUUUCUGAAGACUUGUCCUGAUAGUAUCAGAGAUGUAACAACAGCGAAUUGCACCGCUUUGCAUAUUGCAACGGAGAACAAUAGAUUAGACGCUCUUCAAGUCCUAACUCGAACACUUAGGAAGAAAGACUAUUGCUGGGAAGUGGUAAACAGGAAAGACAAAAAUGGCAACACUGCACUUCACAUUGCUGCUAGAAAUUAUCAACCCGAAAUGGUCAAAGUGCUAUUAAACUGUAGAGCCAAUAAGCAUGCCACCAAUCAGCAUGGUUUGACAGCAUUGGAUGUUGCACAAAACCGUAAUAGCAGAGAAAGCAUCACUGUUCUACGCGGUUGCUUUAUUCCAAGAGUUUCAAACUUUAAUCAUAAGUUGGAGAAACAAAUUGACAAGUAUGUGACAAAAGCAUCCUUACUAAUUUUUCAUGAUAUGGAUAAUAUAUCAGGCGAUGACCGCAGUGCCUUAUUAGUUAUUUUAGGACUCCUUCUAACUGCAGCCUACCAAGCCAGUCUUAGCCCACCUGGUGGUGUUUGGCAAAGCGACAGUUCCUCAAACUCUGUCACUACACGUAUUGAUGAAAGGAAAUUACCUGGGAGUAUAGGGACAUCAGUCAUGGGUCAAUCCUUUUUUCUUAUUUUCUAUAUUUUAACCUAUGUUGUCUUCAUUGUAACCUUUUUCCUAACCCUAGCGCUACUUAAACCGUUUCCCCAUGGUUUCAGGACAGCACUUCAAGUAUUACUUGCGUUUUUGCUGCAUGCUUCGACCAAUCAAUAUCUUCCAUAGCUCCAACCUUUUUAACAGUUAUAAUUCUCCGUAUAUUUUCAACAAUUAUUUUCAUUUUAAUGGUCUUCAUGUGUAUCUCAUAUCGGGUGUCAAAACUCAGUGUUUCAAUAGUUGGAUGUUGGCUAUUGCCUUCGUUUUCUCUUUCCAUUUUGGGUGGAGAAAGACUUGUAGGUGUGAUUCAAGGAUUUUUGUUAUUCCUUAUUCUACAUGAUGAAUUCUGGAAAGGAACCAUUUUAGUUAUAUGUUAUAGUUUAUUUGUUAGAAUUGAUGCUAUCGUUGGUGAUGGUGAUGGUUUUAGUGGUGGUUAUAGCUGGACAUACCCUAUUGUAUUCAUAGGAUA